AUGUCAUAUUCUACUAAGAAGAAAGAUAGCAAAACGCUACCCCAAAAAAGUGCUUAUGACAAUCAAUUUAAUUUAGAUUUCCAAAAAGAUAUAGGAUUAAUACAAUCUUAUGCAUCAAGGAUUUCAAAAAUUAACGAGAAUGAAGCAUGUUCCAUUGAGAGUUCAGAAAAAGUGCAAGAAAUAGUACAAGAAGGAAAAUUAAAAAUACAGGAGAUUCAGAGAAAGUUGAAGAGUUAUUCUAGCAAUGCAGAAAAUAUGCCGCAAAAUGAAAAGAUGCGAAUGAAGCUUAUGCUGCAAAAACUGUCAAAUUUCUACCUCGAAGCUGUGAACAACUUUCAAAACGUAUCAAAAAAUUACAUAAAUAAAACUGUGUUAAAUGAUUUAUCAUCGAGAAAUAUAGAUGUGUCUGACAGUGUAGAAUACGAUUCAGUGAACAAUUUUUCAAGAAAAAGUAGCUCAAAUUAUGAUUCAUCCAAGGAUAAAUUUAAUGUAAAUAUAUAUGAUUAUAAUUUUUAUGAAAAUGAAAAUUAUGAAACACCUUAUAGGAAUUAUGGAAGUAGCGAAUUUCAAAUUGAACAAAAUGUAAUAGGAGGUAAAAAAAAGAAAAAAAAAUAUAAAAAUAAUGCAUUUACAGGAGGCAUGAAAAACGAUAUUAACGAAUAUCUUUUACAAAAUGAUGAUAAAUAUUUAGAAAAUGAGAAAGAGGAGGGAUAUUCUUAUGAUAAACAGUUUGUAUCAAUAAAAACAGCAGAUAUAGAAAAUGAAAUAUUAAAUCAAAAAAAUAAAGAAAUAAAACAAUUACAUAAAGAUAUAAUAAAUAUUCAGGAGUUAUAUAAGGAAUUAUUUGAACAAAUAAAUGUUCAAGGGGACAAUCUUGAUAAUAUAGAUUCACAAAUAAUUAAUACCCAUGAUAAUAUUCUUAUGUCCGGUCGUGAAAUUGAAAUAACAAGAAAUAGAUAUUUUAGAAACAUUAGAUGUAUGGGUUUUCUUGUUUUAGUAUUAAUAAUUUUGAUUAUAAUUAUAUUGGUUGUGUUUAGAAUUAUAUAA